CAUGUCCAUCGCCUUAGCCUUCGAUGCUAGACCUCUCCAGGAUUUCUGCGUCGCUGAUCUCACCAAAAAAGCACAAAUUGGCGGCGCAGCGCCAUGCAAGGACCCUGAAAGAGUCACCGCCAACGACUUCAUCCUCAGCGGCUUCCAUUUGCCGGGAAACACCUCAAAUUCAUACGGCGUCUCAGUCACCUCCGCCUCCGCGACCACAUUGCCGGGCCUCAACACCCUCGGUCUCUCGUUCUUGCGCGUGGAUCUGGCGCCGAACGGCUUCUUCCCGCCGCACUACCACCCGAGGGCGACGGAGCUCGUGGUGGUGCUAAAAGGUGCCUUGGAAAUCGGAUUCAUAACCUCCAACCCAACCUACAACUACUUCACCAAAGUUGUGCGGAAAGGGGAUGUGUUUGUGGUGCCCGUGGGGCUCGUGCACACCGUGCGUAAUCACGCGAGAAGGGACACCGUGGCGAUGGUGGCAUUCAACAGCCAGAAUCCCGGGGUUACGAAUCUUCCGAACGCCAUUUUGGCAGCCAAGCCCGCCGUCGACAGCGUGUAUCUUUCCAAGGCGUUUCGGAUGGACGUGGACACUGUGAAGCAUCUGCAGAGCAUUUUCUAGAUGUUUUAUUCUCU